CACCAUGCUCGCAACCCCGUCCCAUUUCCACGACGUUCCCCGCGGACACCUCAGACGAAGAGGUCGCAAAGCUCCGCACCACGGGCGCCGUCGGCUUUAUAUAAACACCACCUCGCCGCACUCGUGGCUCCAUCGCCAGCCAACAGCGGGGGCGCGAACCCGUCUCCUCGCCACAGCCGCCCGACGGCAUGUCUUCGGCCCCGCUGCUCACCGCCUGUGGGAAGGGCGAGGGGCGGCCGUCGUGGCUGGGCCGCGUGGUAGACACGGAGGAGGCGCGGGCUCAGCUGCGGUUCGCGGUGCCCAUGGUGCUGACUAGCAUGGCCUACUACGGCGUCCCUCUGGUGUCCGUGAUGUUCUCGGGCCACCUCGGCGACGUCCACCUCGCCGGCGCUACGCUCGGCAACUCCUGGGCCACCGUCACCGGCUACGCCUUCGUGACGGGCCUGAGCGGCGCCCUGGAGACGCUGUGCGGGCAGGCGUACGGCGCCCGGCUGCACCGCAUGCUGGGCCUGUACCUGCAGUCGUCGCUCAUCAUGUCCGCGGCGGUGUCCGUGCUCAUCUCCUUGCUGUGGUGCUUCACGGAGCCGCUGCUGCUGUUCCUGCGGCAGGACCCCGAGGUGUCCCGCGCCGCCGCGGCGUUCGUCCUGUACCAGAUCCCCGGUCUCUUCGCCUUCUCCUUCCUGCAGUGCCUGCUGCGGUACCUGCAGACGCAGUCCGUCGUGCUCCGGCUCGUCGUCUGCUCCGUGGCGCCGUUCGCGCUCCACGUGGCGCUGGCGCACCUGCUGGUGAACGUGCUCGGCCUGGGGCUCGCGGGGGCCUCCGCCGCCAUCUCGGUCACGUUCUGGUUCUCCUGCAUCACGCUGCUCGCCUACGUGCUGUGGUCCGACGCGUUCAGCGAGACGUGGAAGGGGUUCUCCGCCGACGCCUUCAAGUACGUGCUGCCCACCGUGAAGCUCGCCAUGCCGUCCGCCGUCAUGGUCUGCUUGGAGUACUGGGCGUUCGAGCUCCUUGUGCUGAUCGGCGGCUUGCUCCCCAACUCCACCGUGAGCACGUCGCUGAUCGCCAUGUGCGUUAGCACGGAGGCGAUCGCGUACAUGAUCACGUUCGGGUUCAGUGCCGCCGUGAGCACCCGGGUGUCGAACGAGAUCGGCGCGGGGAACGUGGACAGGGCCAAGAACGCGGUGUCGGUGACGCUGAAGCUGUCGGUGUUCCUGGCCGUCUCCUUCGUGCUGCUGCUGGCGUUCGGGCACGGCCUGUGGGCGAGCCUCUUCAGCGGGAGCGCGGCGAUCGUGUCGGAGUUCGCGUCCGUCACGCCGCUGCUGAUGGUCUCCAUCGUGCUCGACUCCGCGCAGGGCGUCCUGUCGGGCGUGUCGAGGGGCUGCGGGUGGCAGCAUCAGGGGGCGAUGACCAACCUGGUGGCGUUCUACUUCGUCGGCAUGCCGCUGGCCAUCCUCUUCGCCUUCAAGCUCAAGUUCUACACCAAGGGCCUGUGGGCGGGUCUGACCUGCGGGCUGACAUGCCAAGCCUGCUCGCUGCUGGUGAUCACCAUCCGCACCAAGUGGUCCAAGCUCGCGGAGGCGAUGCAAGAGGAGAAGGCCAACUACGUCGCGUAGCGCAUAAUGGCCAUAAAAUAGAAGAAAAAAUAAGAGGAAAUAAAUUGUACGCCGUGAUGAGACAGUACAGUAGCGUAUCAGACAUCGAGCAGUGUACUCCAUCACACAGGAUCGCCUGUACGGGAUUUUGAAUAUGGCCAGAGUGUGGAAUGACGGGUGGCCGUUUUUGCAGCUUAGCUUUGCCUACCCUUUCUCUUACAGCCACUCUUAAUUUCUGCCUGCUCGGAUUAAACUAAAACCUUUUCACAAAUAAAAGCUUUUGGGAGAUAUUGAUUUCA